CAGCUCCCAAGCUUGCGUCAGGCCAGCCUAUUCAGCUAACGUCUCUCUCUCCCUCUCGAUUCUCUUUUUAACUCAGUCAAGCUACGAAAUUAUCAGUCUUACGCCCAUCAUCUGUUCCUUGCCCGCCCUACACAAAUAGGCUCGCCGUCAUCAUGAACGGCGCCGAUCCGGAGAGAGAGAAGGCGCUCGACGACUACAAGUUGAGCUUGCUUGAACUACGCGAAUGGGAGGCCAAACUCAAGUCCCUUCGUAUGGGCAUCAAGGAGUUGCAGAGGGAAUUUGAUGUGUCCGAGGAAAAUAUCAAGGCCCUGCAAAGCGUUGGCCAGAUCAUCGGCGAGGUCUUGAAACAGCUAGACGAGGAAAGGUUCAUCGUAAAGGCAUCAUCUGGACCCCGAUAUGUCGUGGGUUGCCGCUCGAAGGUGGACAAGUCGAAACUGAAGCAAGGAACCCGCGUUGCCCUCGAUAUGACCACGCUCACGAUAAUGCGGAUGCUGCCUCGUGAGGUUGAUCCUCUAGUCUACAACAUGUCUCUAGAAGAUCCUGGCCAAGUGAGCUUCGCGGGUAUUGGUGGUUUGAACGAUCAGAUUAGAGAACUGCGGGAAGUCAUUGAGUUACCACUAAAGAACCCCGAGCUGUUCCAGCGGGUUGGUAUCAAGCCUCCUAAGGGAGUGUUGCUUUACGGACCUCCCGGUACUGGAAAGACUCUACUUGCCCGGGCAGUGGCAAGCUCAAUGGAGACCAACUUCUUGAAAGUCGUUUCAUCUGCAAUCGUUGACAAGUACAUCGGUGAAUCGGCACGACUAAUACGAGAAAUGUUCGGCUAUGCUAAGGAGCACGAGCCUUGCAUCAUCUUCAUGGACGAGAUCGAUGCUAUCGGUGGCCGACGUUUCUCUGAGGGUACCUCUGCAGACAGAGAAAUCCAGCGUACACUGAUGGAGCUUUUGAACCAACUGGAUGGAUUCGACUAUCUCGGAAAAACGAAAAUCAUCAUGGCUACCAAUCGACCUGACACCCUUGACCCCGCCCUUCUGCGAGCUGGUCGUUUGGACCGGAAGAUCGAGAUUCCCCUUCCCAAUGAGGUCGGUCGCCUGGAAAUUCUCAAGAUCCAUGCCAGUGGCGUUCAGCUGGAUGGCGAGAUUGAAUUUGAGAGCGUUGUGAAGAUGAGCGACGGCCUCAACGGAGCUGAUCUGCGUAACGUUGUCACUGAAGCUGGUCUGUUUGCUAUCAAGGACUACAGAGAUGCUGUUAGCCAGGAUGACUUCAACAAAGCUGUUCGGAAGGUUGCGGAGGCCAAGAAGCUUGAGGGCAAGCUGGAGUACCAGAAGCUGUAG